AUAAAUGUGCUGUUGAUUUUAACGAAAACAAAUUUAUUUUUGUUUACUUUUUUAUUUCUAUAGUCACAAAGUGCUAUAGUGUUUCUAAUUAUUUAAUAAAAUGGAGCCUGAAAAGUUAAACAAUCAUAAUAACAACUUUCAAAAUUUCGUAAAAUUACAAAAGGGUAUUAUGGAAUCGUUUAUUGAUGGCGCCAAUAUUAUUUGCCCAACGGAACUUCAGCUUGAUGAAAUGCUUCAAUAUUUCAAUGAACAUUUUAAUGAAUUUCAUCAAAAAGAAAAUCUUCUUGUCGUAUUGGCUUUUAUUCACCGCUCCCUUAAGUUGUGGAUCAAUCGGGAGGAACAUUUAAGAAACGAUAUUGGUACUAUUUUGAUUAAUUUUAUAGAAGAUCACGGUGAAGAUGAGAGUGAUUUGAAUAUAGUUGUGCAAAUUGUUUAUCAAAUAAUGAACUCAAUAAGGACUUUUGGAAACAAAGAUGUUCCAAUAUCGGAAAGGUUAUUGUACCAUUUAACGCUAAUUAUGCAAAAAGUUAAAAGCCGUACGUUAAUUUCCAGCUGUGUUGCUUGCAUUCAACUUUAUUUGAAAAUGUUUCCAGAUAGCUGUAAAAUUCUCACAGAGUUAUGGACAAAUAUUAAGUGCAAAUUGGAAACAAAUGCAAAAAAAGACAUCAUACAUGAAACUGACAUUGAUAUAAUAAUUCAGCUUAUUGAUGACUUUCAUUUAAUUCACUCCAACUUUCAUGAAGAAGCAACAUUGAUCACUACCAUUCAGCAGCUCCUUAAAUCUGAUCAAAGAAAAUACAGAAAAUGUGGCUAUUUUCUCUUAAAGAAAGUUUUACAAUAUUUUAUUGAAUAUAUCAGUAAUGUGACCGCAAUGUGGACAUCUUGUGAUUAUAAUAAAAAAAUAGAGCAGUCUUGGUUAAUGUAUAUAACUAUACUAGAAAAUCUUGAAGAGGAACAAUCGCAUUUAAUAUUACCUUCUCUAGAGAAUCUCGAGGAAAUAAUACAGAGUAAACAUCUUAAAUCAUCUUGGUUAGAUAUAUUGUACAUGAGAAUAUUAACUCAUAAUAAUAAUUUGGUAUUGCGCUGGUCCAUUGAAUUCUUUUUGAAGACAUUUUCAUGUUCGAAUUUAAACGCGGAUAUAUUGAAAUAUUUCCUUAAUGCUACAAAUUCAACAUUACUUUACAACUAUGAAGGUUAUUUUCUUAAGAGAGACCUCUUUUCUUCAUUUUUAAAAGGCGAUUUAAUAAAUUUGCUUACUUUAUUGCCUGAAGUUGAGAACUGGAAAUCUGUGCCCCUGUAUAUAUGGCUUGAAAAUCUUAGUAAGGUACAAUUGCCAAAUUGUCUAAACCUCAAAGUGAUCUUGAAUAUAUGUGCUUGUGUUCGGAAAUUACAAAAUUGUACUGUACGACAAGAAUCAAUAAAUUUGUGUUAUAAAUUAUUUGGAGGCUUCAUAAUGCAUUUAUCUAUGGAGGAAUAUGUUACGUACGUAGAAACACUUUAUAAUUCUAGUGAUUACUAUGAUGAAUAUGAAAUGUUUUAUGACAAGAAAUCGUUAUUAAUUGAUGCAAAUCCAAAAUGUACCAUUUUUAAACAACGUUUCUAUGAAAUUUUCACAAACAGUUUAUGUGAAAAUGAUCAUUUGUUUUUGUUUCUGAAUGGUAUACCAGUGGAAAAACACGGCUGGCUAAAAUAUGCUCUCUUUCAAUUCGAAGUGGCGGAAUCUGAUGUAAAAUAUAUUAACAAUUUCUAUAACUUGGAUUUAAAUUCUCUUACCAAUUGUGAUCUACCAAAAGUCAUUAACAAGUUUCAAAAUUCUAUGCUCGAUUCGCCGCCAUAUGAUAAACAUGAACUCAGAGUGUGUAAUCAAGCUGCCGUUUCAUUUUACAUUUAUCAAAAGACUGAUUUUGCAAAUGAAAACGAUGAUACAUUACGUUUUAUAUUGAAUUCGGGGAUAAAAUUGGAUGUAUUGGGGACUUUUGCCGAAAAACUUCUAAAUAAAUGUAAAAAAGUUAUUGAUUUGUGGUAUAUUGAUGAACUUUUAAAAUACAACUAUAAAGUUGUACAAAACUGUGUUGCUGAUUAUCUGCAAAGAGUUUACGAUGAUGAUGUAGUUCAUAAAUAUGCCCUUACAAUUUUUGAAAAAUAUGAAUAUAUACCAAGUGCUUUCUCAAAAGUUAAUUUGCUCAAAAACUGUACAAAUGAAUUGUUUAAAGAGUUAGCGAGCAAAGGAGAAAAUAGAAUUGAACAAGCGUUUUGCCGUAAUCACUUCGACACUGAAAUACCGCCCGUACGCUCAUAUGUUUUGAAUCAAAUAAAAUCAUUUUGUAACAAGCAAUUUAUAUUAGAUUUAUUAAAAUAUCAUAUGGAAUUAACAAAGAAAAAACCGAGAUAUUUUGAAAAUUCAAAUGAACAUCGUAUCAAAUUGAGAAUUGCAAUUUGUGUCUACUACGGCUGUAACAAUAUUAAUAUAGUGGGUGGUGAUAUAUUAGAUCAAAUUUGGAACAUUCUAUUAAACGAAAAUAACCAAUUAAAUGUUGUUUACUUUUAUGAACAUAUUAUUGGAAAAUAUGAAAUUAGAGAAGAAGUCAUCUUGAGUAAAUUGCAACAGGCACACAGUUUAACCUCAUGUCAACAGGUAUCCAUCAUGUCGGUGGUAUAUACUUAUGUUCUAACAAGGAGAACAGAUCAUAAUACAAAACUUACUAUGGUGUCUAAUUUAUUGGCACUUACAAUGGGUGCCAAUUUCCAAACUCGCCUUUUUGCCCAAAUGUAUUUAUAUCAACUUUUAAAAAAGGAUUAUUUUCAAAAUAUAAAUGGCUGUACACAAAUAAUUAAUUCAAUUAAUUUUGCUACUGGAACAAAAUUAACAGAACAUUUAAAUGACAUAAGAGUCCAAAUCAAUAGUUUUAAAAUCGAUUAUAUAAUAGAUAUAAUUCUGAAUGUAACAAAUGCACCAUUUGAUGAAGUUUUCAAUAUUCAUUUAAAGAAUUAUAAUAAUGAUUUAAUAAAAGUCUGUCGUGAAACAUUUAUGAAAAAAUUUAAAGCGUCAACAACAGAGGACAUAUUGCCAAAAAGUUCAUUAAAUGAUCAAAUUCAAAGAAAAAUGAAUCCAGUAAAUGAUCUCACCGAACCGCAUAAUUUAAUCGUUUAUCCUAUUGAAGAAAAACCAGCUGAAAUGUUUGUUAUUGCAAGUCUUAUAGAUAAAUUACCCAACUUGGGUGGUAUUGCCAGAACAUGUGAGGUACUUGGUAUACAGAAUCUUGUUAUGGAUUCUAAAAUGGAUACAAGUAAAAAUGAUUUCAAAAACUUAAGCAUGACUGCCGAAAAAAGCCUAAACAUACUAGAAGUUAAGCCAAAAGAUUUAAAGGAAUUUUUAAUGCAGAAGAAAUUGGAAGGUUAUGCUGUAAUUGGUGCUGAACAAACCUGUAACAGCCAAAACUUUAGUAAUUUUACAUUUCCCCAGAAGUGUGUUUUGUUAUUGGGUCAUGAAAAGGAUGGUAUACCAGCACCUCUGCUUGGUCUUUUAGAUUACGCUGUUGAAAUACCUCAAUUUGGUCAAAUACGUUCCCUAAAUGUUCAUGUAACUGGUGCUUUGUUUAUGUGGGAAUUUUGUAAACAACAUUUGGUACCCCAACAAUAAUACACACAUUGAAGAAUACACCUAUUACAUUUUAAUGUACUUCUCAUAUAUUCCUUUUAAUUCAGUUUUUUAUAUGUAUUCUUAUGUUUUUUUAACAAUAAAUAAUAUUAAUUGUUUUUUUU